UGCUGAUAAUAUUUUCGUAACAAGUGGCAACUAGCAAGUGCAAUCGUGAGUUGCAGUAAACAAAGAACUUAAUUGGUAGUCAGACCUCGAGGCUAGAGUAUCAGUACUCAGUAUACUUGUCUAUGGUCCUCGGAGUACUCAGUGAAUUGAUCAAAUUAUGUGUACUUGUGUUCAUGUAUUGUGAAUAGAUCUUUGCGUUCAGUACUUAUUUAAUAAGUAAAUAUUUUAUUUUUUCAGAAUUUCAUGAAAAAAUCGUGAAAUGUGUCGUGUGUCUGUUGUCGUUAAGAAUGUGAUAAGAAAACCCGCGAUAAGAUUAAAUGAUUAAAUAAUAAAUACUAUCUAUAAUAAUAUGAUAGUAAUGAUAUUCUAUAAUAAUAUGAUAAAUUAAUUUAAUUUAUCAUGAAUAAUAUUAUCUUCUAUAGAUCUAUGCAUUUUUGCCAUUAAGUAUAAACAACAUACUUACUACUUAGAUAUUGUUAUAUUCUCUGUAUUAACAAACUAAGAACAAUUUAUUGUUUCAUGUCAGCAUAAAUACACUUUGAAAUGUUAAUAUCAUAAUUUCUUAAUUGGUAAUGGAUUUAAACAACAAAUAUCAAAAUAUGAGUUCAGAUUCAGAUUCCAAAUCAAGUUCUUUGAAUUCAAAAGUAGAACAUGAAGAAUCGGAAUCAAAUUCACCUACUAAAAGCCGCCGAUCGACAAGUUCUACAUCAAAUGAAAUUCCAACUGUAGGAGAUAUAAAAUUGAGAAAUAAACCAUCAGAAAAUGUUGCUUCUGGCCGUUCAGAUGAUCCACCUUUAUUACCAGGAGAGAAAGUGCAAGGUGUGGCUCGAGAUGUCACUUAUUUAUGUCCAUUUAGUGGUCCAGCAAGAGGUUGGUUAUCUGUCACCAACUAUAAAUUAUACUUUAAAAGUUUAGAACGCGAUACUCAGCUAGUAAUUGAAGUACCAUUGGGUGUGGUGAGUAGAGUGGAAAAAGUUGGUGGUCAAUCAAGCCGAGGGGAAAAUUCAUAUGGUAUUGAAUUAUUUUGUAAGGAUAUGAGAAAUUUACGCUUUGGUCAUAAACAAGAGAAUCAUUCAAGACGUAAUGUGUUUGAAAAACUUCAGCAAUAUGCAUUUCCUCUAUCUCAUAGUAUUCCAAUGUUUGCUUUUGAAUAUACUGAAACAUUCCCAGAAAAUGGUUGGAAUGUUUAUGAACCUAUGGCCGAACUCAAAAGAAUGGGCGUGCCAAAUGAUACAUGGCACAUUACUAAGCUCAAUGAUGGUCAUGAUCUCUGCGAGACAUACCCUGCUAUUUUAGCUGUCCCAGCUGGAGCAACAGAUGAAAUUAUAAGAAAUGCAGCAGCUUUCAGAAGUAGAGGUCGAAUACCAGUAUUAAGCUGGUUACAUUCCGAAUCUCAAGCCACUAUAACUAGGGCAUCUCAACCUUUGGUAGGUGUUGGUGGGAAGAGGUGUCGUGAUGAUGAGAGAUAUACUCAACUUAUAAUUGAUGCAAAUGCACAGUCACAUAAACUUUAUAUUAUGGAUGCAAGGCCCAGUGCCAACGCAAUUGCCAACAAGGCUAAAGGAGGCGGUUAUGAACCAGAAGAUGCUUAUCAAAAUGCAGAAUUAAUAUUUCUCGAUAUACAUAAUAUUCACGUAAUGAGAGAAUCUCUGAGAAAACUCAAAGAAAUAUGUUUCCCAAAUAUUGAUGAAACAAAAUGGUUGUCGGGAAUUGAAUCUACAUAUUGGUUAAAACACAUUAAAUGUAUACUGGCUGGAGCUUGCCGUAUUGUCGAUAAAGUUGAAAAUCAUAAGACUUCAGUUUUAGUUCAUUGCUCCGAUGGGUGGGAUCGUACAGCGCAGUUGACUGCAUUGGCCAUGGUACUUUUGGAUCCAUAUUAUAGAACAAUAAAAGGAUUUGAAGUAUUAAUUGAAAAAGAAUGGCUUAGUUUUGGUCACAAAUUUCAACACAGAAUUGGCCAUGGAGAUGAUCACCAUUCAGAUGCCGAUCGAUCACCUGUUUUUCUACAGUUUGUUGACUGCGUUUGGCAGGUGACAUGUAUGUUCCCAAAUGCGUUUGAAUUCAAUGAGUUAUUUUUAAUAACUAUUAUUGAUCAUUUAUAUUCUUGUAGAUUUGGAACAUUUCUUUUCAACAGUGAAAAAGAGCGCCUACAAAAAGAAGUGAAACAAAAGACUGUUUCACUUUGGUCUUACAUUAACAGUGAUCAAGAUUUAUAUAAAAACCCUUUAUACUGGCCCCAGCAACACGCUCUAGAACCAGUUGCUUCAUUGCGCUACAUUAAAAUGUGGAAAGGACUGUAUUGCCGAUGGAAUCCAAGCAUGAGACCACAAGAACCAAUUCAUCAAAGAACAAGAGAACUUCUACAUAUGAAAAUGCAAUUAAUGAAAAUUUCAGAUGAUUAUCGUCGAGAACUCAGACAUAAAGCAUCUAGAAACACUUCUAGCAACCGUUUAACAUCUCCCAUACACAUUUAAACUAUACAAUUAUGAAUACUGCAUUACAUCUCAUUAAUUUGUUACACCUAUUUAUUUUAUAUUUUUUAUUGUUAUUAAAGAAAAUUAUAAAUCAUAUAUGUUAUUUAUUUUAGUGAAUUUGAUGUAUAAUAAUGAAUUGUAUUUAAUUAAUUAUUAAGUUUAUGCAUUAUACAUAAUAGAAAUAAUCAAAUUAUAAGUAUUUUUCAACCGUUGUGUAUUUAUUAAAUAAAAAUAUCAUAUCUUUAAAUCCA